AUGACGCUGCCGGUGUCUAUGGAUGAUAAGGAAUUGUUUCCGAAAGUGGAUAUUUUGAAUUUGGCAUUUUCUCCGAAGUCCGAGAUCAAUGAAGAGGUCUUCAAGCAGGUGAGUAAGCUUAAUCAAAGCAUGGUCAAUAAGAAAUUUCAGAUGUUUUCUUCAUUGGAUCGUUUGUGGUGGUCCCGUCUAGUAAUUUCUGUCCGUGGAUAUGUGAUCAACUAUGUACAACAGAACGAUGAAGUUCUUUUCAGCUGCGAUGACGCUUUUAUCAAAAUUCAUCAGAAGCUAGCCGAGAGAAGUAGCAAGUUCGAAAGCGCCUAUGAGUACCUCACUGCCAUCUUCCAUAUCAUCCGUGAGAAGAACACUCUUAUUCAAUUAAUUUCCAAUCCAAAAACCAUCUCAACUACCAAAAUUCCACCAAAUCUUGACCGCUCCUUUGGCAUUGUCCACGGAGAUUUAUCACCAAAGGCUAUUCAGCUGACCAUCGCCCAACUGGCGGCCUAUACCAUGUUUGUCAAAGUUGUUGUAAACUUACAACAAAGAUGGGAAAACGAAAAAUUGAAGAAAAAAUCGAUUCGUUUCGAAACCGAUCCAGAGUGGGAGCCAGAUGACAGAGUUGUGCUCUUCCAGACGUUUGCUUCUGAUAACCGAACAUGGGUUCUUCUGGACUUUGAUCGUUAUAUCUUACAACAAUGGAAACCAAAUGGAACUUCUGUAAUAUUUGGAGACAGAUUUGUGGAAAAGAAAAAACGAUCGGGAUUGAAAUUGUGCACAUCUUGUGGAAUGCUCGAGCAAAAAAAAGCUCAAUUUGCUGUUUUGAAUGACCAGGUCUACUGUUCGAAAACAUGUUUUGAUGAAGUGAAUCCUCCAAUGACUGUGAACAAUCGAGGUGCCACCGUUGUCCAUUUAUAA